AUGGCUGCCUCAAGGCUCCUCCGACCGGCCUCGCGCCUCAUGGCCUCGACACGACAGGCGCCCGCUUUCCGACCUGCUUUCCGCGCCGCUGCCCUGACACCGUCAAUUGCAAGGAGAGGAUAUGCGUCGGGACAAAAGGAGAUGACUGUGCGAGAGGCGCUCAAUGAGGCCAUGGCCGAGGAGAUGGAGCGAAAUGAUAAAGUCUUUGUGCUCGGAGAGGAAGUUGCGCAAUACAAUGGAGCUUACAAGGUCACCAAGGGCCUCCUCGACCGCUUCGGUGAGAAGAGGGUAAUCGACUCUCCCAUCACCGAAUCUGGUUUCGCCGGUCUGACCGUCGGUGCUGCGCUCGCUGGCCUUCACCCCGUUUGCGAGUUCAUGACCUUCAACUUCGCCAUGCAAGCCAUUGACCAAAUUAUCAACUCCGCCGCAAAGACCCACUACAUGUCUGGUGGUAUCCAGCCCUGCAACAUCACCUUCCGUGGUCCCAACGGUUUCGCUGCUGGUGUCGCUGCCCAGCACUCGCAAGAUUACACUGCGUGGUACGGAAGCAUUCCCGGAUUGAAGGUUGUCUCGCCAUACAGCGCAGAGGAUGCCAAGGGUCUGCUUAAGGCUGCUAUUCGUGACCCCAACCCGGUCGUCGUCUUGGAGAACGAGCUUCUGUACGGUCUCUCUUUCCCCGUCAGCGAGGAAGUCCAGAGGGACGAUUUUGUCAUUCCUUUUGGAAAGGCCAAGAUCGAGCGCCCCGGCAAGGACCUCACCAUCGUCACCCUCUCCCGCUGCGUCGGCCAGUCCCUCGUCGCCGCCGAACAACUCAAGUCCAAGUACGGCGUUGAGGCCGAGGUCAUCAACCUGCGCUCCAUCAAGCCCCUUGAUGUAGAGGCCAUUGUCAAGUCUGUUAAGAAGACCGGCCACAUGCUCUGCGUCGAGUCUGGCUUCCCCAGCUUCGGUGUCGCAAGCGAAAUCAUGGCGCUUACCUGCGAGUACGCUUUUGACUACCUUGAGGCUCCCCCCGCUAGGGUUACCGGUGCUGAGGUCCCCACUCCCUACGCUCAGAAGCUCGAGGAGAUGAGCUUCCCCACCGAGACUUUGAUUGCCGACUACGCUGCUAAGCUGCUCAGAGUAUAA